GUGGGAGACAUCGUGUCUGUCAUUGAUAUGCCACCAAAGGAGCUGACCUCGUGGUGGAGAGGAAAACAUGGAUUUCAGGUUGGAUUUUUCCCCAGUGAGUGUGUUGAACUCAUUAACGACAAAGUUCCUCAGUCCGUGACCAACUCGGUGCCCAAACCAGUGUCCAAAAAGCACGGGAAGCUCAUCACCUUCCUCCGGACAUUCAUGAAGUCGCGCCCAACGAAACAGAAACUGAAACAGAGGGGGAUCCUCAAGGAAAGGGUGUUUGGCUGUGACCUGGGAGAGCAUCUGCUCAACUCUGGCCACGAUGUCCCCCAGGUGCUCAAGAGCUGCACGGAGUUCAUUGAGAAGCACGGCAUCGUGGAUGGGAUCUACCGCCUGUCCGGGAUCGCCUCCAACAUCCAGAAACUCCGCCACGAGUUCGACUCAGAGCAGAUUCCCGACCUGACCAAGGACAUUUACAUCCAGGACAUCCACUGUGUGGGCUCCCUGUGCAAGCUGUACUUCCGAGAGCUCCCCAACCCCCUGCUCACCUACCAGCUCUACGAGAAGUUCUCAGAUGCUGUGUCUGCUGCUACGGAUGAGGAGAGGCUGGUGAAGAUCCACGAUGUGAUCCAGCAGCUGCCCCCUCCCCACUACAGGACACUGGAGUUCCUAAUGAGGCACUUGGCUCGUCUGGCUGAUUACUGCUCCAUCACAAACAUGCACACCAAGAACCUGGCCAUUGUCUGGGCUCCCAACCUCCUCAGGUCCAAGCAGAUCGAGUCAGCCUGUUUCAGUGGCACUGCUGCCUUCAUGGAGGUGCGGAUCCAGUCGGUGGUGGUGGAGUUCAUCCUGAACCACGUGGAUGUUCUGUUCAGCUCCAAGCUCAGCUCAGUCAUCCGGGACGGGGCAGGGCACAGCUCUUUGUCCCGGCCCAAGUCUCUGCUGGUGUCCUCUCCCUCCACGAAGCUGCUCACGCUGGAGGAGGCACAGGCUCGGACACAGGCCCAGAUCAACUCACCCAUCGUGGCAGACAGCAAAUACAUAGAAGUGGGAGAGGGCCCAGCAGCUUUGCAGGGCAAAUUCCACACAGUCAUAGACUUCCCGUCCGAAAGAAAAAGGCCUCCCAGCAAGAUGAAGAAGUCUCCAGUGGGCAGCUGGAGAUCCUUCUUCAACCUGGGCAAAUCCUCCUCUGUGUCCAAGCGCAAACUGCAGCGCAACCCCAGCGAGCCCUCUGAGAUGAAAGCCAUAGCCCUGGCAGGUGGACGAGGAGACAGCGGGACCCUGCGCUCGGCUAAGAGUGAGGAGUCUCUCACCUCUCUGCACGCCGUGGAUGGUGAAUCCAAACUGUUCCGACCCCGAAGACCCAGGUCCAGCAGCGAUGCCCUCUCUGCUUCCUUCAAUGGGGAGCUCCUGGGGAGCAUGAACCGCUGCAACUCCUACGACAACCUUCCCCACGACGACAGCGACGGGGACGAGGGGCUCAUCCACGUCCCUGCCCUCAUCUCCCCCCGCUCCUCCGAGGACGUCGACCUGAGCCCCCCGGACAUCGGAGUCGCCAGCCUGGACUUUGACCCCAUGUCCUUCCAGUGCAGCCCCCCCCAGGCAGAGUCCGAGUGCCUGGACAGCAGCACCUCCCUGCUGGAGUCGGUUGACAUCAAUAGGGACAAACCAAGCCUGCUAAAGAAGGAUUUAGAAUCGGGCAGCCAGUCCCAGACCCCGGGCAGUGCCACGAGCUCUGAGCCAGUCUCCCCUUUCCAGGAGAAGAUGAGUCCCUUCUUUACGCUGGACCUGAGCCCCACGGAGGAGCAGCCCUGCAAACCCCUCACCUUCUCACCCAAGACGGGCCGAAAGCCCAUCAAAUCUCCACCACUGACUGCAGAGCCCACCUGCUUUGCCCUGCCCAACCGUGGGCCAGAAGCCAUCGGAGCAGUGCCCAUCACAUCCAGGAACUCCUCUGCUUCCAGCUGGAGCAAAGGCAUUGGCAUCACUGAGAUCACAAACAGGUCCCCAACCCAGAUGUCCUUGCCCCUGAAAAGCAGUGAAACAGGAGCAGGGGAAGGAGCCCACCAAGAGCUGCAGCAUUCCCAGCUAGUGGCUGCUGGCAAGCCAGAGCUGCCAGAAGAAGGGGAGAGACCCAUGCCAAGCAGUCAGACUAAGACUGUACCCACUGGACACACACAGCCAGGAGCAGUUGCCCUCGACUCCCCCCAGGAUCCUGUUCCCGUCAGUUCUGUGUCUCUUAUCCCUCCUCCUCCUCCGAAAAACGCAGCGCGCAUGCUGGCCCUAGCGUUAGCCGAGUCCGCACAGCAAGCAUCCGCCCAGUCCCUCAAAAGGCCAGGAGAUGCUCAUGCUGAAAGCACAAAUUAUGGAGAGGCUGAAGCUGGCACAGCUCUAGAAAAGCUCCAUCUCUCUACUGGUGCUCCAGACAAGCUCCACCUGUACACCGGUCUGCCCGAGAACCGACUCCACUUCCAGACCGGUGCUCCCGUAGAGCAGGAAUUCCAAGGUAGCGGCACAGCCGGGGAGCAGAACCACCCACCCGGUACACCUGGAGGCCAGGACCCCCCGCCUCUCCACACGGGCAUGCCUGGGGACAUGCCUGGGAGCAGAGAUGCAGAGCAGGAGCAGGCCAGCUUCCAUCCUGGCAAGGCGGGGGACAGUGAACACUUCCCCGUGCGCGCGGGGGACUGGGAGCACACGGCCCACCACGCCCCAGAGCGGGAGCCGCCCGCCCCAGAGCCGGCUGUGGACAGACCCCAGCUCCGGGCAUGCCUGUCUGGGGACAAGCUCCACACUCCCACCUGCACGGCCGAGGACAAACUGCCGUCUCCUCUCGUGGCCCCUGCCGGGGACAAAGGCGCCCCGGUGCCGUAUUUAACCACCAUCCCCAGCGCAGCCGCCGAGCCCUCGCAGGGGGAUGGCACCGUCCCAGCCGUGCCACGCACAGCCACGGCCACCCAGCCCACCCCGGCGCAGAGGCAGGACCACCAGGCAGCCACGGGACAAGUGCCAGCAUCCUCCAGCAAAGCUCCGAGCAGCUCUGCUCAGGUGUGGAGCACCACUGCCCCUGAGAAGCCCCCGGAGCCUGGCUUUGUCUCAGAGAGCAAUUCCAGCGCCCGCGGCUCCUCCUCGGUGCCCGGGGGCCCCCAGAGCCACAUGGAGAAGCCCCGGGAGCCCACAAGGGCCCCCCCGCUGCACCUGCGCUCCGAGUCCGUCCCGUCCCACCCCUCCUACGGCUUCGCGCCCCCGGUGCCGCCCGUGAGGACGCUGGAGAGCAAGAUCGCGGCGGCCAUGCACUCCAACAGCGAGCACAGCUUCGUCAGCAGGGACGUGCCCCCCGCCCCGGACAUCAAGCACAUGUACAUGUCGUGGGACCUGGAGGACAUGGAGAAGUACCGCAUGCAGUCCAUCCGCAGGGAGAGCCGCUCGCGCCAGAAGGUCAAGGGGCCCCUCAUGUCCCAGUACGACAACGUGGCCCCGCUGCUGCAGGACGAGCUGGGGGGGCUGGACGCCAUCCACCUGCGCAGCAAAUCCGAUCCUGGGAAAACUGGCCUCCUCACAGUGGCGGAGGGCAAGGAGGGGAGGUACCAGGGCAAGGCGGCCACCCCCGAGGGGGACGAGCGGUACUACCUGCAGCACCCGGAGCCCGAGCUGGACAGAGCCCACUACCACGGGGGCUACGGGAACGGGCAGCCCGAGAAGCCGUCCCUGCCCCAGAAGCAGAGCAGUGUCCGGAACAGGAAGAUGCAUGAGCCAGGUGGCAGUACCAGCGAGCACAGGACGCACUUGCAGCAGGAAGCGAGCCAUAGGCAGCCUGCCGAGCCCAAAAACGGGCCCCCCUACCCCGACUACAGGCCCAAAGGGGGCCCAGAGCCCUCCGAGCCCUUGGGCUACCAGCACUCGGGCAGCAAGUACAUCCCGGCCGGCCAGGACACCCUGAGGCUGAACCACAAGGAGGGGAGGCUGGCAGAGGACAGGCCAGACAUGGAGAGGUCCCGAGCCAGACCCCCUGCCCCCCUGGAGAAGCACUCCAGAGACUGCUACAAGGAGGAGGAACACGCUGCCCCUCCCGUGGCCCCGCCGCCCAAACCCGAGCGGAGCCACAGCCUGCGGAUGCAGCACCCCGAGCCCAUGGAGAGGGACUCUGCCCUGCUGUACCCCUACCAGACCCUGGGCAAGCGCCAAAGCACUAUGACUGUGGUGUCCCAGUACGACAACCUGGAGGAUUACCAUACCAUGCCUCAGCACCAAAGAGGGGGCUAUGCUGGAGCAGGGGGGUUCGUGCCCCCCGGGUUCACCCACGUGCACAGCAGGACUUACGCCACGGCGCUGGGGCAGGGCGCCUUCCUGCCCUCCGAGCUGUGCCUGCAGAGGCCCGAGACAGAGGUCCACGUCGAGUGAGCUGGUGGGGGGGAGGAGGGAUAGAGUCUAAGCAGCCUCUGCUGGACAGUGGACUGUUUUAUUUUUUCAGUGAUGGAAAAAACAAACCAAACCCUGACCCUGCCCCGAUGAGAAAGCAAAGCCCCUUCAGCCCCCACCGCCCACUCACUGUUUUUAUGUAGUAGAGCUCUAGCUUUUUCAUGUAGUUUUGAGACAACUGGAAGGACAGAGCAGGCUGUUGGCACACAGGUGUUGCCAGAGAGGCCGGGCAGAGCUGAGAGAGGUGCUGUUGGCAGGGAGGGAAGGAGUUUGUCCUUCCCCAGGUGUGACGUUGGCAGUGGCCGCCGCUCCCUCCCCGCACAGUGGACUGUGCGUGCAGCUCUUCUCCAGGCUGAGUACCCUUCCCACUGCUGGCUCCCAGGAAAGGGGCUCCAUGACACUGUUCUGCCCCUCUGAGUUACACAGCAAGAGUGGGCCAACAGCUGGGCAGGGGGAAAGACUGCCCAAGGGUUUUCUCCUUGGUUGGUGCUGAGGUCCUGCCUCUCCCUCGUGUGCAGUGGACCCACUGCAGUUGCUUUGAAGUGGGUGGGAGCCUGUUUUGACUUCAAGGCUGUGGAAUAGGCUCUGAAGCAAGUUCAGAACACAGCACACUUGUUGCAUUGUUUGCUUAAGAAGCUGCUUCUGCCUACAAGAAAUCCAAUUACUUUACAUUUCCGUUUUUGGAAGCAGAGGCCAGCGAUGGGAGCCAAGUAGGGCAGGUUUGCAUUUCUCACACCAAAAGAAAGGAAACACGAAACUACACCAAACCCUACACAGGCAGCUGGGAACAGCACACCCAUCCCAUGCCAAUUCCUCCUUGCUGCUGGGCUCUCUGUGUCCAGAUGAGCUCAUUCCAUCUCGUGGCUGGGCCAGGCUGUGUCAUCUCACUCCAAAACCCAGUAAAAAUAAAUACAGAAAUCUCCAUGGCAUUGUGUCCAGCGUGUAAAUCAGAGCCCACCUUCCCAGCUGUGGGAGUGACGAGUUAUCUGCAUGAGCAGCUGCCCUGGGCCAGAUCCUGCAGCUCUUCCAGCAGGGAAUGUUCCUGCUGACCUUCCCCUGAAGGUCUGCGGGCUCUGUGACCUCUCGGUUCCGUGUUGGCAAAGGGAUCCCUGCGGAAUUGUGGCACACACGGAGCAGUGACAUGCUGUCUGUGCUGUGUGUUGCCUCCCAUCCCCCAGUGCAGCUCCUCCCAGUGCUCAGUGAGUAGGGACAGAAGGCCAGUGCACUGCAGAACACACUAAUAACAGUGUCCAAGCUGUUUAAAAGCUUUCACAUUGUAAAAGCAGCCGGGCAGCACCUCGUGCUUCCUCUCAGGCUUCCCAGGACUUCCCAGACUUCCCCCCCCAUAAAUUAAGCACAUCCAUCCCAUUUAGGCAGGGCUUACAAGCAAUACUUGAGAUUUAGGAGUUUUUAAAUGUUCACUGAUAAAUUCCAAGGCCAUUCCUGUUCUGUGUGGUUGAAGAACUUCUCUACCUGUUUUGAAUCUCUAAUGUUUUAUUAAAAGCCUGGAGGUCCUGCAGUUAGCACACAGCUGCUAAAGGGAGCUUAGGUGGUGUUUUUGAACAAAAAAGUUUCAUGGCUAUUUUGGGACUUUUAAAUCCUAAGGAAAACCUGCUUCUAGUAGCUGACUAGUCUGUAACUGUUUGCUUCUUUUAACCUUGGAGCCUUGUCUGGGGCUGUUUCAGCAACUACCUUCAGGUUCUGUUUUAUUGUGCAAUGCUGAUGUUUUAAGCAUUUUGUUUAGAAGAGUUCUCACAUGUUAUGAAAUGAAAUUUGGCAGUGAGGAAAAAAAAAAAGAAAAAAAGAAAGGGAAAAAAAAAGGAGAAAAAAAGCAGCACUGUGAUCCAGGGUACCACAAUCUCCUCGUGAGGAAUUCCCAGGUAGAGGGGUUGGGGUUUUUGGUGAGGGAAUGCUUUUUGCAAUGUUUUCUUUCAAGGAAAACUAACAGAAGUACACAGAAGGGGCCAUUAGUGAGCCAUGGCCUGGGCCAGCCUGUCUCCAUUGCUGGGAACUCCCUGGGAAAGGCUGCCCUGCCCGAGUUCCUUGGGAUGAGCCGGAUGAGUCCGUGCUCUCAGGAGGGUUUGUGUGGUAGCACAGUCUCUCCUCAGCUGCCAGUGACCUGUGAGGUCUCCAGCUGAAGUGUUUGGUUCAGGCUCUUUGGGAUUCAGGGAAUGAGAGCUGUAGGUUGAACCUCUCUCUCCAUGAAAGCCUUAAUUCCCCCAUCCUGCCCCUCAGCACUCUCCUGAUGCCCUGAUUUUGGCCUUAUGUUCACCAGGACUAUCCUGUAACUCUGGGGGCCUGAUGCCAGCUCCCACUAAGUUGGUAAAUGCCUCUGGAUUCUCCUGCUUGAAGCCACUGUCUCCCUUAGAGACCAAGUGCUGUCCUCAGACAGCUGCUGUCCCAGCCCUGUGCUGUCCCAGCCCUGUG